UUAUCUGCUAACCGCGCGGGCACUUCUAGUCUAGUAAGCGAAAGCCCACGCGCGAUGACCCACGCCGCCCACGCGCUAUGCAACCGCUACGCCGCCAUCCUCUCCUCCGCCGCCGGCGACGGCGGCCGGACCGGGGUUCGCGUGGCCGGCGCUGUGCACUGCCUCAUUCUCAAGACGUUUCUCCAGGCUCCCCCAACCUUCCUCCUCAACCACCUCCUCACCGCCUACGCCAAGUCCGGCCGCCUCGCCCGAGCCCGCCGCGUGUUCGACGAAAUGCCCGACCCCAACCUCUUCACCCGCAACGCCCUCCUCUCGGCGCUCGCCCACUCAAGGCUCGUCCCGGACAUGGAGCGCCUCUUCGCCUCGAUGCCCGAGCGGGACGCCGUCUCCUACAACGCGCUCAUCACCGGCUUCUCCAGCACCGGCUCUCCUGCCCGGUCGGUCCAGCUGUACCGCGCGCUGCUCCGGGAGGAGAGCGUCAGGCCAACCCGGAUUACUCUGUCGGCGAUGAUCAUGGUCGCUUCGGCUCUCUCCGACCGCGCGCUUGGCCACUCGGUGCAUUGCCAGGUACUGCGGCUUGGGUUCGGGGCAUAUGCUUUCGUUGGGAGCCCGUUGGUCGAUAUGUAUGCCAAGAUGGGCCUCAUUAGGGAUGCCAGGCGGGUGUUUCAAGAAAUGGAGGCCAAGACUGUGGUCAUGUACAAUACCUUGAUCACAGGGCUGCUCCGCUGCAAGAUGAUCGAGGAUGCAAAGGGUUUGUUUCAGCUGAUGGUGGACAGGGAUUCCAUUACUUGGACUACGAUGGUUACAGGACUGACUCAGAACGGUUUGCAGUUGGAGGCUCUUGAUGUUUUCAGGAGAAUGAGGGCAGAGGGUGUUGGCAUUGAUCAGUACACUUUCGGAAGCAUUCUUACAGCCUGCGGUGCCCUUGCUGCCUUGGAAGAAGGGAAGCAGAUACAUGCCUACAUAACUCGGACUUGGUAUGAAGAUAAUGUCUUUGUCGGGAGUGCGCUUGUUGACAUGUACUCCAAGUGCAGGAGCAUCAGAUUGGCAGAGGCUGUUUUCAGGAGGAUGACAUGCAGAAACAUCAUAUCGUGGACUGCGAUGAUUGUUGGAUAUGGACAGAAUGCUUGCAGUGAGGAGGCUGUCCGGGCAUUCUCAGAGAUGCAAAUGGAUGGCAUUAAGCCUGAUGAUUUCACUCUAGGCAGUGUUAUAAGUUCUUGUGCUAAUUUAGCAAGUCUGGAAGAGGGUGCACAGUUCCACUGCCUAGCACUUGUCUCAGGGUUGAUGCGGUACAUUACAGUGUCCAAUGCACUAGUUACCUUGUAUGGGAAGUGUGGCAGCAUUGAGGAUGCACACCGCUUAUUUGAUGAGAUGUCCUUCCACGAUCAAGUCUCCUGGACUGCUCUUGUGACAGGGUAUGCUCAAUUUGGGAAGGCAAAAGAAACUAUAGAUUUGUUUGAGAAGAUGUUGGCAAAUGGCUUGAAGCCUGAUGGGGUAACAUUUAUCGGUGUCCUUUCUGCUUGUAGCCGUGCAGGACUUGUAGAGAAAGGGUGCGACUACUUUGAUUCCAUGCAGAAGGACCACGGUAUUGUUCCUAUAGAUGAUCACUACACUUGUAUGAUUGACUUGUACAGUAGAUCAGGGAGGUUCAAAGAGGCUGAGGAAUUCAUAAAGCAGAUGCCACACAGUCCUGAUGCCUUUGGAUGGGCAACAUUGCUGAGCUCGUGUAGGCUGCGUGGGAACAUGGAGAUUGGCAAGUGGGCAGCUGAGAAUCUCUUGGAAACUGACCCACAAAACCCUGCCAGCUAUGUGUUGUUGUGUAGCAUGCAUGCUGCUAAAGGUCAAUGGACUGAAGUCGCUCAUCUUAGACGUGGAAUGAGGGACAGGCAGGUGAAGAAGGAACCAGGCUGCAGUUGGAUCAAGUACAAGAACAAAGUUCACAUAUUUUCAGCCGAUGACCAAUCCCACCCCUUCUCCAGUAGAAUAUACGAAAAGCUAGAGUGGCUCAACUCAAAGAUGGCUGAAGAAGGAUACAAGCCUGAUGUCAGCUCGGUGCUGCAUGAUGUGGCAGAUGCUGAUAAGGUUCACAUGAUUAGCCAUCACAGCGAGAAGCUAGCAAUUGCCUUUGGCUUAAUCUUUGUUCCACAAGAAAUGCCAAUUCGGAUUGUCAAGAAUCUACGGGUAUGUGUGGAUUGUCACAAUGCUACCAAGUUCAUUUCUAAGAUAACUGGCCGUGAUAUUCUUGUGAGGGAUGCUGUCAGAUUUCACAAGUUUAGUGAUGGCACGUGCUCGUGCGGAGACUUCUGGUAGUCAUCCUGUCAAUCCAGCUGACAGCCCACAUUCUUCUAGUACGAAAUACGAACCAGAGUUUUCAGCCUACUUGAAGAAAGGAAAAGGGUUAAUCAAGGUCAAAUUUAGAUCAAAUUCUUUGGCUUUCCUGAAAUGGGAGAAGGGAUCGCUGCGAGCUCCUCCGGUCAGAGCCAUUGGCUUUGAGCCAUCCAGUUCAAUCCAAGUAUAUAGAUCAUAAUAUCUCCAAGGAAGAAUUUUUUUCUUGCUUGGAUCCGUUAGUGCAGUCAGUAGAUGAAGUAGGGAGGGAAGCUACUGCUGCAUUUCCUAGCUCACUCUGUAGUUCAUAAAGCAGAAAAUGUCACUGGUAAAAGGGAAGUAUCACCUCCUGAGAAGAAAGGGUAAUCUUGUGUAUCUCACCCUUCAAAGAAGGCUUUCGAGGGAGGAGUUCAAGGAGGUCGCUAUCCAUACUCAAAGACAUUGGCUAGGCUGCAAGGACUAAAACCUGCAAAUUAUGAUCGAUACACCACACUCGCAGCAGCAGCCUAGGUAGUCGAAUUCUAGAAAAACUCAACCGCAUAUGUACAUGGAUGCAAAAUAGUUGGUACACACAAUUGCGGAAUCCAUUUGACCUGCAAUUGCUGAUCCUGCAAAUUUUGUUGAAAUUUUGAUAGGAGCGGCCUCAAGCUCCAAUAUCAUAGAUUCUCCUGAAAAUUAUUUUGCUUGAAGAUAGUAGCAAUUGUUGUGUUAUCAGUGAGAAGAUCACAUUCACCAAGCUGAGAAGACUGCAGAUUUUUAAGGCUACCCAGAGAUCUGUAAGCUCAGCCUGCAAGGGGAAGUAGAAUUCACACUAAUAGCUUUUAGCCAGAUGGCAGCCUGGGAUAACUGGAUCAUGUACAAAAAGAUCAAUUCCUGUUUUGUUAUCCACACACAAAUCAAUCAACGUAGCACCAAAUAUACCUGCAGGGAUGGGAGAUAAGUUUGUGACUUCUACUUGCUGUUGUUCCUUGUUGGCAGUAUUACCUGUUUCUUCCAAAGUUGCUUCUUUCUCAUAUGCAUAAAUCAUUGCCUGAGCUGCAUGGCAUACCUGCAGAGGUUCCCAAUUUUUUGGAUUUGAAAUUCAAAUCGUUCCUAGCGUUCCAGAUUUGCCGUGAUAUUCUUGUGAGGGAUGCUGUCAGAUUUCACAAGUUUAACAAUGGCACGUGCUCUUGCGGAGACUUCUGGUAAUCAUCCUGUCAAUCCAGCUUACACCCCCACAUUCUUCUAGUAUGAAAUAUGAACCAGAGUUUUCAGCCUACUUGAAGAAAGGAAAAGGGUUAAUCAAGGUCAAAUUUAGAUCAGAUUCUUUGGCUUUCCUGAAAGUCUGCACCUGAAAGUAAGAAUUCUCAUGUUCCCUGCAGGUGCAGGGUUGAAAAGAGGUGUGUUUAUGAAAUCAUAAUUCUGUGUUUCAGGAAGGUAGUUCUGAUUAGCCUUUGUUAAAUUAGUUACAUGGUGGUUGCCUGGUUGGGAGGCAAGUUUUGACAGCACAGCAGAAGUGCCAAUCCACAUUUUCUAGCAUUAAUUUGACAUGAAGAAAAGUAUGGUGGUCGCUGCCUCAUGUUCAAAUCCCUGCUGAGAGAGAGACGAAGGAGAAUGGCAAACCAAAUAAUUGAAAAAUUCGUGUACUGCCUAGAAAACUGGACACAUUGACAUGCAGAUGCAGCACUACCCUUUUGCUUUAUAGCAGUUUGUGUUGGCGGUCAUGUCUUCUUGAUAUAAAGAUGGAAAUUUGUGCUGAACCACCUCACAAAGUCACAAUGCAGUUAUAUGACAGUAAGAUCACGCAAUUGAAAAUAAGUACAAUAUCUCAUAAAAUGCCAGAGAGGACAAGAACAUACACCAUUGAGAUGAAGAUAUCUUGUGACUUGUGAAGUGACCUUGUCAGAAAUAGCCUCUCUCUCUUUUUUUUGAGACCAUGGUGCUAGUCCCAAAUCCUUCAUUUUUAUGGUGAAGUGGUGAUAACCCAGGAUAUGUGUUAUCUUUUCUUUGGAUCACCGGUGGAUGGUAAAGAGCAUUUCUCUGGUUGAAAGCUGCGACUCUCCAGAGGGCUUGGUACAUCUCUGUCUCUGGCCUUGUUCCGCUAAACGGCUGCUCCAUGAUAGAAGUAAAAGAAUCGUUGGCUACUUAAAUUCAAUGAAUUGUUUUCGUUUCAUCAUUAUUUUUGUGAGCAACAUGCUGCCUACCUUUUUGCUGCCUAUGCCUCUUUAGAAUAUUCCAGUUCAGGCAAUCUUGAUUGAAAUUGGAACUGCAAAAACUCAUUUAGAAUGUAUAUUAUGUGCGUGCAUUUUUUUAAAAAAGGCAAAUGGGCCAUGUGUAGUUAUGAACACACCACACUCUGAUAUGGUCAGAUAAGUGAUUGCGAUUCAAGUGGACCAGUUUCAAAUUUCAUUUAUUCCCAGUGGUUGCAGUAGUUCCUGUGGGGCUUGCAUAUUGAUCUUGACAGCAGAUGCAAAGUACUGAUAAGCUGAUCAUUUUUCGUUUCUUAGUGCAAAUCAUUGAUAUAUCUAUAUGAACAUUUGAGGUUGGUUACGAAUUGUAAAAA